GCAUGCCUGGUGCCCCCCGCCGAGCUCUCGGCGAACCCAGCUUUGGCUGGCUUGCUGCGGGCUUUGGCGGCGAAGCCAGAACUGGCGGAGAGGCUCCCAAAGUAUCGCGGCGGCAUGGUGGAAAGCUUUGCUCAGCAGCUGUCGGAAAGCCUCUCACAGCAGCUCGAGGCGCUGAAGCUGCCCCCCAGUCCCGCGGCUACGCGCUUUGUCGGCCGGUUUUGGUCCCUGGAGCGAAAGGAAGGCGUGUGGCACAGCAUUGAAGCUGCGGACGAGAAGGCCGCCGAUGAGUCUCCCAGCACCCCUAUGGAGGAGGACACCGGCUCGCCCCUCAGCAACGCGGGGCUGGUGGACCUUCUUCAGACCAUGAGCAAGUUUGGUGAUACCCGGCUUCCUUCCACGACCUGGGACUUUGAUUGCAGGCGGAGAGGUCUUCUGACCACGCCUAUGGUAGCGUCCCCGACUGCCGCGCCGACACCGCCGCGAGGUGCCGAGGGCCUCUUCCAGGGCUGCAGAGACCUGGAGCAGCGCCUGCCGAACUUGGCCUUCGGUCAGCUACCCGCGCUCACCUCGAAGCCUUUGCAGUCCUUGGACUUG